AUGGAAGCGCUGGACGGGGCGGCGCGGACGCUGCCCAGCAUGGGGCGGCUGUCGUGGGGGCCGCCGUUUGGGCGAGCGGACGGGCGGUGCGGGCUCAGCCCCAGCGGUCGGCUGCUCCUGCAGAGAAACUUAGAUUCCCAGGCACCAGCGUUUCUACUGCGCAAGUCGUGGGCCUUAUAUAGCGUGAGCCCUCUGUAUAAGUUCUCCUGCGCUCAUCUGAAGGCCUACGCUAAGCUGCUGAGUGCAUAUAUGGCUGCCGAGAAGCAGAAGGGGCUGGCGGUGGAAGUAGGGGUUGAGCUGGACAUCAGUGUGGCUAUCUCCAGCCUUCCAGACCUGAAAGGUAGUGACCAAGACGAGGCUGCAGUUCUCGUGCAGCUUUCUUUGGAAUCACAAGCUUCCCAAAAAAAGUCAGAAGAGAAACUGGUAUGGUCGGGCUGGUUCUGUUCUGUGAGUGGAGAUGAUCUUUCCAAGAACAUGCCAGCAGACUUCACUUGUUUACCUGUGUUUCUUGCUAAUGGGGCAGAGAGUUACACAUCCAUUGUUGGAAGUUGGUUUCAGAAGACUUUUGAUUGCUGCUUCCACCGUUUAGCCAUUAGCCCUCUCAGUCUCGGUUGGAUGGCAGCUAUGUGGACUGGAUCCAAGUUGGAAGAAAAUGCAUCUGCUAUGGAACUUGUUUUCUCUGUCCCCAGUCUAUCCCAGUCUCUGGAAAUUUCAUAUGCCAUUCAUCCAGAGGAUGCAAAAGCUCUGUGGGACACAGUCCAAAAAACUCCAGGGGAGAUAACACAAGAAGAGGUGGAUGUCUUUAUGGAUUGCCUUUACUCUCACUUCCACAGACACUUUAAGAUCCACUUGUCAGCUACAAAACUGGUGAAAGUUUCUACAGCAGUUGCCUCAGCACACUGUGAUGGGAUUAUAAAGUUUCUACAAAGCCAAUAUGUAAUUGAAGUGCUGAUGCUACUGACAGAACUAGCAAUCUCUCAGAUACAGUGAGAGUCACUUCAGCAAAUCAUGAAGAGGCUACUGCUGGAAGAUACAUCCUGAGAAAUCAAGUGGAAAGUCAUUCCUGCAGCAUCUUCUUUGCUUUCAUGCUGUCAGAAACUGGACUCUUAACUCCUGCACUCAACUCUAGAUGUAAUUCAGUGUCCUGCACAGUAAAGACAAGAAGACAUUUUUGCCCUAAAGAAGGGCUACAUUACAAACUACUAGUAGCUUUUUAAGCACCUUUGUUUUUAUCAUAGUCAUUCUCUUCAUUUAUGUGUAUUACAUCAGAUUAUGUGUAUUAUAUUCAGAGAUACCUGUAUCAGCCAGGGGCUAGGAGAUAAAAUUUGCAAAUUCUUGGAUGCAGCUUGCUGUCAGACACUUCUGUUGUUUCAAAUAGCAAGUUGGUUUUCACUUAAGUAGGUAGCCUAAGCUAUACCGACCUUAACCUUGGCUCAACUGUGACUACUCUUGGGCCAAUCUAAACACAGAAUCAAACACCCCUGAGAAAGGGUGCAUGCUCUACAACCCAGGACAGAAAAAUCCAGGUUUCUAACUUCCUUUUUAGCUUGCUAAGGCCAGUUGGUAAUAGUUAAAAGUAUUCAUCUGUGUCCUGUUGGGCUAAGUUGAACAGCAUGAGACUGACAACUGCCUUUUGUAUCCAGCCUGUUGGCUGUCUUAGAUGAGUUAGUUAAUACAUCAGAAAUUAAGGGCUGUGGAUAAGCUAGAUAUUUACUGUGCUAUGCCUGAUGGUUGUUAUCUUGGAUGUAAUCUUGUAGGCUCCAGAGCUCUUGGGGUCGGAGCUAUAGGUGCUAAAAUUUUAUACUAGAUCUCUCCAUACUUCAGUAGGUAGGAUUUCAGACAGCUAGCGGACAGUGCCCUAAUCAUAGCUUAAACAAGCAGAAAGUAAGCAAAUACAUGUCAAGUGUUAUAAGUUUGUGUUAUAGUACUAAAUUUUAUUUGCCAUUUUUUACCAACACAUUGGUCUUGAGCUAAGACAAGGCCAAAUAUGCCUGCUUAAAUAUAUACUUGUAUGGUGCUUACCUGAUUUAACUACACAUUGUUACCUAUUAAGUAAUUCUGUGAGCAGCAAAA